UAUCAACUCCUCUUCUCCUGAGCUUCUGAUCGUCAUUACAGACAGUUGGAUUCUGUGUGAAGAUGAAGACACUUACAGAAGCAGCUCUGUAUGUUUUGUUGAUUCUCUGUUUCUGCUCCCAUUCAGAAUCUGCCACUGCAUUAGAUCUGCUGCAUAACACUGCAGUGAGUUGGAAAGGAACACUGCCCUGUGGCCAAUGGGACUGUGAAUGUGCGUUUAGUAGACAGCGUGGUUGUUGUUGUGUCAUAAAGCAACUGUCAGAGCUGGAGGAGGCCACCUUCAUACGUUUGAUUGGAGUGUGGGAAGGACUGUCCCGCCUCAACAGUCAAAUAGAGGAAGUCACAGCUGGUUGUCAGAUUGCGUUCACUGCUGCUAUGCUGCCAAUGACUGCAUGUUUUGGGCCGUUCACCAGCAACGUGUCUGUCUCUUACCAGUCUGUCUCACUCAAUCAAGGCAACGGGUAUAAUCCUGCAUUGGGUACAUUCACAGCUCCACAUGCUGGACUCUACUGCUUCACCUUCACCGCUUAUUCCAAAGUUGGCAAUGUAGACCGACUCUACCAAAAGCUGCAGCUGAUGAAGGAUGGCCAGCUGAUUGCUUCUUCCUGGGAGGACAACCGCGUGGAUUCAGAGGACAGUAGCACUCAGACGGUUCUUCUGCAGCUCAGACAGGGCUCUCAGGUCUAUGUUGAGCUGCUGUCAGGUCGACAGUUGUGUGGAGACACCCAGAGCUACAACACUUUCAGCGGAUACCUGGUCUAUCCGUUCACUGAGGAAUGAAAUAAAAACCUGUUAUCACACACACAAGAAUCUCUUUAGUAAUAGUCAAGUCAAGUGGUUUUUAUUGUCGUUCAACCCUAUAGAGUUAGUACAGUACACAGUGAAACGAGACAACGUUCCUCCAAGACCAUGUGCUACAUAAAACAACAUAGGACAAACAAAGAACCACAUGAGACCACACAGACUAAAUAAAAUUUCUACAUAAAGUGCUCGUGCAAAUGUUUGCAAAAAGUAUGUGACAGUACAAAAAAUUACUAAAAGGAACAGGACAAUAAGCACAGUAAGAGACAGUGCAGCCGACCAGUACACAUUUGUAAAUACAUUCCAUCAGAAAUAGCUCAUAUAACAGGACACAAACACACACAUGGAAUUUAUAGAGGAUUGUUUUGUUAUACUUUGU